UUCUACUAUCUAACACCCAUUUGCUCAUCAGCUAGCCAUGGAUAUUGAAUCAGGAAACAUAGACUUAAAGAGUAACAAUGUUACCGUUUCCGAACAUGGGUUCUUAUUGUGCUGGUUUAAAGCUUUGUUUAUGAAGUUGAAAAAAAAUGUAGCUGAAUUUGCAAAUAAAGUAAAGAAAAUAGGAAAAGAUGAUCCAAGAAGGAUAACUCAUUCGAUCAAAGUUGGAAUAACACUAGCAUUAGUUUCUCUUCUCUACUAUUUUAGUCCGGUUUAUGGUGGAUUUGGUUCUGCAACUAUGUGGGCUAUCUUAACAGUAGUGGUUGUUUUUGAAUUCAGCGUUGGUGCCACUUUAGGCAAAGGGUUGAAUAGAGCCAUUGCUACAUUUUUAGCUGGUGCUUUGGGUGUUGGUGCUCAUCACUUGGCAACCCUAGCUGGUAAAGAAGGAGAGCCCAUUCUUCUUGGUCUCUUUGUUUUCCUACUAGCUGCGGUAGCUUCGUUUUCGAGAUUCUUUCCGGGAAUUAAAGCGCGGUAUGACUAUGGAGUGUUGAUAUUCAUAUUGACGUUUAGUUUAGUAUCUGUGUCCGGUUAUCGAGAGGAUAAAAUUAUAAGACUUGCUCUUCACAGAUUCUCGACAAUUAUAAUUGGUGGACUUUCAUGUGUGGUUAUAUCAAUCUUUGUUUUCCCUGUUUGGGCUGGUGAAGAUUUGCAUAAACUCAUUUUUGUCAAUAUAGACAAACUUGGAGAUUUCUUACAGGCAUUUGGAGGAGAAUAUUUCGAAAAUUUUGAGAAAGAUGGGGUGAUACCUAAGGAUGAUAAGAAAACCUUCCUACAUCUUAAUGGAUACAAAACUAUAUUGAAUUCUAAGACAGCCGAAGAAUCAUUCGCAAACUUUGCGAGUUGGGAGCCACCACACGGCGGAUUUGGAUUCCGUCAUCCAUGGAAACAAUAUCUAAAGAUUGGAAUAUUAACUCGUCAAUGUGCAUACCGUAUCGAGUCUCUUAGCAACUGCAUCAAUAAAUCUCAAGUCCAACCAUUGGAAUUCAAGAAGAUAGUUCAAAAGGGAUGCAUGGAAAUGAGUAUUGAAUCAGGCAAGGCUUUAAAAGAAUUAUCAAUUGCAGUUAAGACAAUGAGGCAUCCGGAUUCUGUUCUUACACACCUGAAGAACUCGAUAUCUGCAGCAGAUAACCUAAAAUCUUCCCUGAGAACUGCUAAAAUGGAGAAUACAAACAUUUUUGAGUUGAUACCAGCAGCUAAGGUUACUACUCUACUAAUCGAAAUCAUUGGGUGCAUAAGUAACAUUGUCGAUUCUGUCAAUGAACUUUCUCGCCUAGCAAAGUUCAAAGGUGCAGAGACCACUGCAUCCUCAUUAUAUAAGCCGAAGCAACAAUUACAUCAUGAAGAAACACUAACUUCAGUUACUGUGGAGACAAGCAGCCAUGACAAUGCAACCCAUGCAAUUAUUACAGUAUGCGCACUGUCUACAUCUCUGGAAAGUGGGAUUUUAGAAGAUCCCUUGAUCUUAUAAGACUUGCAAUAUAAGUGAAACAACGCCUGGAUUCAAAUGGUAAUAACUUGACAUCAACUACAACUAUGGGAAAGAAGUAAAGAAAUUUGUUUUCGCAGGCGCUUUAACAAUUGUAACAGUAUACGUACAGUUGUAGAUAUAAUGGUAAAAGAACCUUAAUUACCAUGCCUAUGAGAAAUUUUUGUGAUAAUUAAUUUUCUAUAAAUCAUGUUCCA